CACUCAAGCAGUGUUUGCUUUAGAAUCUACCUACAAAUGGGCAUUAAGUGGCACUCCAUUUCAGAAUCGUCCUGGAGAGUUGUAUCCUCUGAAAUUUCAUGUACCGGACUUUGCAAAGAUAUUUUUGGGAAAUUGCGUCAUUCUGAAGAACUAGGAAAUCUUGUCAACUGGGCUUCUGAGUACUUAAAUGAUAGAAGAAGCAUAAGCUAUAUGAUUGAUUCAAGUUUACAAUCAUUCAAAGACAGCGAACUCGACGUGAUCUGUGAGGUGAUUCAAGGGUGUAUUCAACCUGAACCGAAGUUAAGGCCAACAAUGAAAGACAUAACUUCGAAAUUAAGAGAAGUGGUUAAUGUGUAACACCAGAGCAAGCUUCUCCAAGGCUUUCUCCAUUAUGGUGGGCUGAAAAAAUGUCAUAAAGAGAUGUUUGAAAUUUGUUAUGAACCUACUUGUGUUUGUUCAACAUUACUAAAACUCGUUCAAAACAAUUGUCAACAAUAGAUAUUUGUAUCA